AUGGGCGUCUUGGAUCAUUUCUCCAACAUGUUUGAUUGCUCCUCUGCUAACAGCUCCGCCAGGUCCAAGUUCAAAAAAAGCAAACAAUUGCAGACAGUGGAGAUAAAAGUGAAAAUAGAUUGUGAAGGAUGCGAGAGGAAGGUAAGAAGGUCUGUUGAAGGAAUGAGAGGGGUUAGCUCAGUAGAGAUUGAACCUAAGAAACACAAGCUUACAGUAACUGGUUAUGUCGAGCCCGAAAAGGUUUUGUCUCGAGUGAUUCAUCGGACCGGGAAGAGGGCAGAAAUUUGGCCCUAUGUCCCAUACGAUGAGAUCGCACAUCCUUAUGCACGCGGUGUCUACGAUAAGAGGGCCCCUGCCGGGUACGUGCGAUAUAACGAGGAUGCUCAACUCGCGCAUCUUGGACGCGCGAGCUCGACUGAAGUUCGUUACACCACUGCUUUUAGUGACGAAAAUCCUGCUGCCUGUGUGGUUAUGUGA